GCCAGCUGUUGUUAUGAGACAUUCAGGGGGCGGUGUUUGAUCCUGUCUAUCAAGAGGAGGCGGGACUGGACUGUCUGUAAUCUUGACGCGGACACGUAACACCACGGUCAUCUGUUAUCAGCUUGCAGCUCUGCUAGCAAUGACCUCUUCUCGGCCGGAAUGAAAAUGGCACCUGAUAAAGGAAGAUUUUCGGGGAUUCUCCCCGUUAUGCGUCCUCUCCAUCGCGGACUGGGGUGAACGUGUCCACACGGGGAGGUUACCGGUCCUCCUCUCUAUCCCGGAGCAACGUUCCAUCUCUGGGCUCAUAUAGUAGAAAGUCCGGCCGCUCCUUCGCGUCCAUGCCACUGGAGACCUUCGACCUGACACAGAGCAACGUCCUCAACAAUGAGUUCAAAAUCAUCCGCACCAAUGAGAAGGAACAAAUGCAGGGUCUUAAUGACCGCUUUGCAAUGUUCAUCGAGAAAGUGCGCAACUUGGAGCAGCACAACAAAGUGCUGGAGACGGAGCUCACUACCCUGCGCCAGCGGCAGAACGAGCCGUCCCGCUUGGCCGAGCUUUACCAACAAGAGAUCCGUGAACUGCGCUCCCAGCUCGAAGAGCUGAACGGGGAGAAGUCCCAGUUCAUGCUGGAGAGGGAUAGUAUUGAAGACGAGCUCCAGAAGCUCAGGGGGAAAUACGAAGAUGAGUUCCGUGCCCGGGAGGAGGCAGAAGCCAUCCUCAAGGCUUUUAAGAAAGAUGUGGAUGAUGCCACCAUGGUGCGCCUGGACCUGGAGAAGAAGGUGGAAUCUCUGCUGGACGAGAUCAACUUCCUGAGGAAGGUGCACGAGGAGGAGGUGGCCGAGCUGAUGGACAUGAUCCAGGCUUCCCAGGUGUCUGUGGAGAUGGAGGUGUCCAAGCCGGAUCUCACCUCCGCCCUCAAAGAGAUUCGAGGCCAGUACGAGUCCAUGGCGUCAAAGAACCUGCAGUCCGCUGAGGAGUGGUACAAGACCAAGUUCGCCGACUUGUCUGAGCAGGCUACCCGGAGUAAUGAGGCCAUCCGCGCCAGCAGGGAGGAAAUUAACGAGUUCAGAAGGCAGCUGCAGUCCAAGACCAUCGAGAUAGAGAGUCUGAGGGGAACCAACGAGUCUCUGGAAAAGCAGCUCCGGGAGAUGGAGGACAGGCACAAUGCAGAGAUAGGAAACUACCAGGACAGCAUGGCAGAGCUGGAGAAUGAGCUGAGGGCCACUAAGAGCGAGAUGGCUCGUCACCUGAGGGAGUACCAGGAUCUGCUGAAUGUCAAGAUGGCACUGGAUAUUGAAAUCGCAGCUUACAGAAAACUGCUAGAGGGGGAGGAGACUCGCAUCGGGACAGGGAUUAGCUAUCCCAGCUCCAUGAGCUCAGGUGUUGGGCAAGGUUACAACUACCAGUCCCGUAUUUACACCAGCUCCAGCAAGAGCAAGAAGGAGAGCAAGGACGAGGACCAGCAGCAGGAGAGCAGUUCUGGAGGCAAGGUCUCCCAGCGUGAAGUUUAUGAGGAGACAGUGGUCACCACCAAGAAGGUGGAGAAGCAGCAAGACCCCAGCGAUAUUCCCACCAGUCAGAAAAACUAAGAUCUUACUGUAAGCCUGCUUUUGACCCCUUAAGCUUCUCGUUACCCUCUCUUAAACCCAUUCCUCUUCUCAUUUCCCAUCCUAAAACAAACCCUCUUGCUUUCUAUUGAAGCACUUGUGGAUAUCUAAGAUGAUGGCUCUGCUUUGCGUUCUCAUUAUACGCAUAGCAAGAAUAUCAUGGUUUCUAUCUGAAUUAUUGUGUGUUGGAUUUCCACAAGUGUGCAGAGUGCAGGAGCUAGAUGUUUGUUUUACAUGGGUUUAUUCUUCCUUGUCCCCUGUGUCCCCCACAUGCAUUCCCAAAGGAAAUCCAUUAUAACUACUGUAACCAUCACUCUAUACAAAACCACAGUACAUCUGUUCUCUCUCUGUCUCCUUCACACACUCAACAUCGAACAAUAAAAAGCACUUAGGUAGCAUCUCUUACAGAAGUACGGUCUUUCAAAAUAUAAUAUUCUUAAACAGUCUUUCACACUUUGGGAUAAUAUUACGUCGAUAUGUGAUAAUGAAACACAAUAGAUAAUAACUGGUCAUUCACUUCUACCACAAGCUGUGAGAAACUCUCAACACAUUCCAAUGGAAGCAUGUGUGUGCGAGUGUUACUGUGAACAUUUAAAGGACAAAAGAUUCAAAACACGUCAGCUAGUAUCAGUUACUCUUUCUGCAUUCACUUAUAUAAUACAAAUACAAUUAUUCCUGGCAUAAUAACGACAGUUUAGUAAGGAAGCACAAAGUAAGGAAACCUGGCAAAAUAAACAAUAAUAUAUGAUUGUGUCUUGCUGAGCCAUUGUUUUAAGCCUGUUUACUAAAAAUGGAGUUGAAAAGGAUGAACAUCCUUGGCCGAGCACAGACUCCUUUUUUAA